AUUGCGUUUUCGUGAGUGUUUUCAUCUUCAGAAAUUUAACUUUGAACUAUUUGUUAUGAUUGAAUAACUUCACUGAAGGUUGUUGUCAGUAUACAGAAUUUUAGGGAUAUGCUUCUUUGAUCAAAGACUAUAUAUAUAUAUAUAUAUACAGAUAACUAACCACCUUCUCCCUUAAUUUUAGAAUAUACUUUCCUAUUUGUCGUUUACAAGUCAAAAGAGGAAAUGUAUAGAGCGAAAAAACGCCCUAUCGUGGAUGCAUAUAUACAUAUAUAAAUACAAAUGUAUAUCUAUAUAUACAUAUGUAUAUGAGGAUAAAUGUUUACCACAUGUAGAAACUCUGUCUUCAUUGCUGCCAACUGUGACUGUACUCUAAAUCUACUUAUUUCCUAAAAAUGACCAAGAUUGAACCCCUGACUGGUGAUAAUAUUAAUAAUAUUACUAAUAAUGAUAAUAGUAAUGAUGAAUAUCAAGAAUUUCUAAAGCAAUUCAAUCUACUAAAUAGUAUUUCAGCUGAAUUUCGUAAUAUAUGCACAAUAAUCGGUACAGAAUUAGAUUCUACACUAGUUCGAGUAAAUUUGAUUAAUUUACAAAAAUACAUGAUGAAUGAAUUACAUAAGAAUAAAUAUCAGUUGAUGAAAUGUUGGCGUAAUGCUAAUACUGGUCAACUGACGAAUAUAACCAGCGAACAGUCGGAUCAGUUGUUUACUGCCUUUACAACAUUUAUUGAAUAUCAUAUGAGAGGAUUACUGAAAACGUUACAUUUAUUAACUUUAUUUCCAACAUGCAAUAUAACACAAAAUGAAUGUUCAUCACCAUUAUCAUCACCUUCUUCCGCUUCUUCUCCUCCUGAUGAAAGCCAAAACACGAAGGGGAACAAUGCAGUCAAGACACCAGUGAAAAAAUCAAUAUACACUGAUUCUUCCUGGGUAUUAAGUGAUAGUACAAUAUUAAAAGUUACUGUCAAUUCAUUGAUUAUGACAGGAUUUAGUAAACCUUUAAAUUUUGACUUUGAUACAACAAUAGUAGAGAAAAAUAAUGAUACUAUUGAUGAUAAACAGGAUGAUAAUGAAAUUAAUGUUUGUAGAAGUCAAAAAGAUAUAUUUGAUUCAAAUCUUUCAGAAAUUGAUAUAUUGAAAAGUGAAUAUAAUACUUUACAGAAAGCAUUGAAUGAUAUUUCAUCAUUAAUUUGCCUCUCACCAUGGAAUGUACUCGCUUUUCCUGUGGGCAUAGAACAAAGAUUAUCUUUACUCGACUCCACGUCUACUGUUCAUCCGCCCAGAACAGAUGGUGACAGUAUUUUGCAUUCUUCAACAGGUGAACAAAUUACAGCGUCUAGAACACAGUCAAAUCUUAGUGCAUCAAUUGGACAAUUAAAUAUACAUCUAUUUUCAUCAGAUAAAACAGGGCGAGUACAUAUUUGGAAAACAAUACGACGAUGUUUUAAACAACGUAAAGUUUUAGCCCUUCUUUUUGUUGGUGCAAUAAUAAUUGCAGCUUUAAUUAUUCUACUUAUUUUAUUUAUUGCGAUAUUUCCUAAAAUGACAGGUGGAUGA